UGACUGUCACAUAAAACUGUCAUAAUUGUCAUAUUGUUAAUUUGUUCAUGAGAAAAUCGAACAAGAAUUUUAUUUGGGAACAAAUGGAAACAAUAUUCUAAUUAUAAAAUACUAUACGAGUCAGAAUUGCGCAAUUGUUGACUAAUUUUGCCAAAAUAGUAUGACGCGCGCGAGAAACACUUAAUUUGUGAUCAAUAGUCGUAUAGUCGUCAUAACACAGUUGAACCUUCUUUUUCGUGGAUGUAAAUUAACUGAAGUCACGUCCUCAUCGACCAUGCACGAUGUUGGAGGGCCUAGUAGCUUGGGUUUUGAACAAUUAUCUCGGCAAAUAUGUCGAAAAUUUGAACACAGAUCAGCUAAGCGUGGCCCUGCUCUCAGGGAAAGUGGAACUCGAGAAUCUACCUUUGAAGAAGGAUGCAUUGAGACACUUGGGUUUACCGGUGGAGGUGAAGGCUGGGUUCAUUGGCAAAGUGCAGCUGCAAGUGCCGGUGCGGCAGAUCCGCUCUGCUCCUUGGCUUAUAGCCAUAGAGAAGCUCUAUGUAGUUGCAGCUCCGGUCAAUUUGGAUGAGUGGGACGCGGAGGUGGAGGCGAGCAUCGCGCACGAGCGCAAGGUGUCGUUGCUGGAGGCGCUGGAGGCGGAAUGGCGCGUGCAGCACGAGGCCGCCGACGCCGGCUACUACGCCACGUCAUACUCCUCCUGGCUCAGCUACGGCACCGGCCUGCUCGCCAACAUCGUCGAGAACCUACAGUUGAAGCUAAACGACGUGCACAUACGUUUCGAGGACGCGAUAACCUGCUCGCCCCAGGCGUUCGCGUGCGGGCUGACGGCGGAGGCGCUGUCGGCGGAGUCGUGCGACGCGGAGUGGCGGCGCGGGUUCACGCUGCUGCCCGACCCCGACGGCUGCUCCUUCAAGCUGCUCGAGCUGCAGAAGCUAGCCGUCUACUGGGACCCCAUGCCGGGGCCCGCCGCCAUGUUCGCCAACUGCACCAUCAACGAGCUUACGGAGCGCAUGGCGCAGACGUGGAAGGCUACGCACCGCUACCUGUUGGAGCCGGCGUCGGCCACGGCCCGCGUGCGGCGCGAGCGCACCGCGCAGCCGCUGCGCUCGCGCACGCGGCCCAGGCUCACCGCGCACCUCACGCUGCACACCGUCGCCCUCAAUCUCAACUCGCGGCAGUACAGCGAGGCGGUGGGGUGCGCGCUGGGCCUGGAGCAGGUGGCCAAGCUGCGCGAGUUCCGCGCGCUGCGCCCCGCCGCGCCCGUCAAGGGCCACGCGAGGGAGUGGUGGAUCUACGCGCUCAAGUGUCACACGCACCACUACCACUUCACGGAGCCGCGGCCGACGUGGGCGUCGUGCGCGGCGGCGGGCCGCGAGGCGCGCGCGUACGUGGACACGUGCCUGUUCGUGCUGGCCAACCCCGCCGCCACGCUGCCCGCCGCCGCCAAGCGGGCCAAGGACGAGUACGAGUGGCGCAUGCCGCUGCACAUCCUCAAGGCGCUUAGAGAGGUGGCGAUGCGCAAAGUGCCGGCGGCGACGCCAGUCGCGAUGUCGGAGCAGCCGGCGCCGUCGGGGCGCAGCAUGCUGGUGCACUGGUUCCCGCAGUGGUGGGGCUGGUACGGCCAGCCGCCCCACCAGCCCCACCAGCCGCCGGCCCCCGCUCCCGAGCCCCCGCCCGCGCCCGACCUCGAGGAGGAGAUCCUCGACGUCAUCGCAGACAGUCUGGAGAAUAACACGCUCUUGAAGAGGGACACUGUCUUCGGCAAGUUCGAGUUUGUCCUCAGCAAGGGCUGUCUGAAUCUGAGCACUGAAGUGGACGAGGCUGAACACAUAAAUGGCGGCACGGAACAUGGCGGGUCAGAAUGUCCGGGCACGGACGCGGGCGUGGAGCUGCAGUUCAGCAGCGUGUGUGUGCGGCUGGAGUCGCGGCCGCGCGCAUCCUCGCUGCUGCUGGCCGUGUCGCUCGGCGCCGUCUGCCUGCGCGAGCGCAUCACGCCCAACACGCUCUUCCCCGUGCUCAUCGCGCCGCAGGGCAUGAUCCGCGAGGGCCUGAGCGCCAUGAACCCCUCGGCCGCGGCCAUGUCGUGGUGCCGCGCGCAGGCUGCGCCGGCGCCGGCGCCGCCCGACGACCACGAGCCGCUUUUCCAGCUCACUUACGAGAAGAAACCUUUCGGACUCAACUGCGAUUAUAAGCUGUGGGUGAAGUCCCAGUCGCUGGAGGUGGUGUGGUGCGCGGCGGCGGCCCGCUGGGCGCUGGGCUUCGCGCGCGGCGCGUGGGGCGCGGCGUGGGCGCGGCCACGGCUCGCCAUGUCCUCCGUGCGCGACCACACGCGCCAGCGGCUCAUCACGCACAUCGAGCACAUGAUGCACCCGCACCCUGGCGAGCGUCGUUCGUGGCAAGUGGAACUGGACAUCUCGGCGCCGCAGAUCUUGUUCGUGGAGGAGCUGUGCGACCGCGAGGCGUCCGUGCUGGUGGUGGACUUCGGCCGGCUGCGGCUCUGCAACGUGCCUGCUGACGGCGGGGGAGAUGAUGCCGCAGCUGCAGGAGCGGCCGUAAUAAGCACGGAGGAGGACGAGGAGCUGUUCAUGACUCCGUGCUCGACGCCGCCCGCGUCGCUGCUGUCGCCGGCCGACCCGCCGCUCUACCCCGCUGCGCACGCGCCGCUCGAUGCUGCCAACCUGCACACACGCCUCUAUGACAGAUACAAGAUAGAGCUGAGCGACCUGCAGAUCCUGGUGGGCCGGGCUCGAGACAACUGGAAAUACGCACACACCAAGACCACGUCUUCGCUGCAUUUGCUCGACAGAUUCAGUAUAUCACUACAAGCGGAGCGGCGCGUGGUGCACACGAGCGACCCGCAGUACCCGACGGCCACGCUGUGCGGCUCGCUGCCCGCCCUCGUGGUGCACCUCAGCGAGCAGAAGCUGCUGGCCGUGCGCGCUGUCAUCGCCAGCUCCGCGCUCAUCGCCGACCCCGCCUGGAAGGAGCAGCAGCCGGGCACAGAACGCACGAACGUGGCGGAGGAGGACGCGAGCUGCAGCUCGGACACGCCGCGAUCCGAGCACUCGGCGCACCACCACGCCACUCUGCUCAUGCUGCAGUUCCACAUCGACCAGAUGUCCCUCGAGGUGCAGUCCCGCGGGCGCAGCAUAGCGGAGGUGCAGGUGUGCGGCGUGAAGGCGGCGCUGACGGCGCGGCCGCUGGACGUGUCGCUGUCGCUGUCCGUGCACAGCCUGCUGCUGGUGGACGCGCUGCAGACGUACGGGCCCGACUUCGAACUGCUCGUCGCCAGCCACAAACAUGUCGGCAUGGACACAGCGUCGGGCAGUAUCCGGGACUCGGAGCCGACGUCGCCGACGUCGCCCACGUCGCCCGCGUCGCCCGUGCCGGCCGCGCACGCGCACGCGCACCCGCACGCGCUGCACCAGGCGCUAUACUCGCUGCAUCAUGGAGAUACGCACAAAGCUGGUAUGCCCGAUCCCGAACGGCUAAGCCCAGGUCCAAGUUGGACAACGGGUAACACAUGGAACACGAGUAGUACGAUGCCGGGAGCUAUUUGGGGCAACAUGGGGUCCGCUUGGGGUACCACGUGGGGGCCUGCCGGCAGUAAUUGGGGGCCUUCUGGGCCUACUGGUAGUAGCUGGAAUUACCCUGGCGCAGGUGCUGGCGGCGCCGGCUGGGGCGCCGCUGGGCUCGUAGACUCGGAGGCGCUCAUCGCUGUCGAACUCUGUCUCGUCAAAGGGGAAGGGGACUCCGAAGAUCUCAGGAUCGCCAAUAUAUUGUUCAACAAUCUUGAUAUUAUUGCAAAUCAAGAGACCAUAGUGGAGCUGAUCGGGUUUACACAGCGAGUGCUGGGUACUAAGUCUGCCCCGAAGAAAGUGCCAUCAGACAUCGCGUUGGAAGCACGUGCUACAUUCGCGCAGCAAGCGCCGGCCGCCGAGGAAGAAUUUAAGAAGGAGACGCGAACGGAGAUCACAUUUGACUUCCACCGGCUGGGCGUGCUACUGCUGCGCGCGGCCGUGCUGGACGGCACCGUGGUUGCUAAGAAGAUCGCCACCGCUACGCUCGGAGAGGCCAAGAUACAGGCCACUAUCGGCGGCGGCGUGGUGUCGGCGGCGGGCUCGCUGGGCGGCGUGCAGGUGGUGUCGCUAUGCGAGGGCGCCGGCGUGCACUCGCGCGUGCUGGCCGCCGGACACCAGCAGCACCAGCCGCACCAGCCGCACGACCACGACCACCAUGACGGUGACAAAGCUCUGCUGUUUACGAUACAUCGCACUGUGCACGCCGCGCAGGAUGGCAACGCGCCAGUGGUGGAGGCGAAGGUGUCGAUGCACGUGGCGAGUGUGUGGUAUACGCACUCGGGCCCGCUGCUGCGCGAGCUGCAGUCCUGCCUUACCGAGUUCAAGCAGUACCUCGCCAACCUGGCGCGCUCCAUCCGCGCCGCCGCCGCCGACAUGGCCAUCGGACUCGUGCAUCCAAGGGGCGAGUCGUUGUACGCAAACCCGAAGCUGUCGCAGUCGAUGGAGGGUGUGUCCCCGCGCCGUCGCACCACCAGCAUGGGCUGCUCGCUGGAUGACCCGCCCGACCUCACCGCAGACAACAUCGUGCUCAGCGUGUCAGUGGAGCUGGAGUCACCAGUGGUGGUGGUGCCGCGCGCCGCCAUGUCCACACAGGUGUUCGUGGCGCACCUGGGCCGCAUGAGUCUCAACAACCGCCCCGGACCGCCCACGCACACUUCAUAUCGCGUGCGCGUCAGGGACAUCUCACUCGCCUCGCUGGACGUGGGCGAGAAGCUCCGUAGCGCGGGCGGUGGCGGCGCGGGCGCGCUGGAGAGCAUGGAGGACAUCUACGAUGUGUCGCGCGGCAAACCCGUGCUGCACAACACCGCGCUGCAGCUCGCCGCCGCCUACAGGCCCGGGGACCACGACGACAGCACCGUGUGCGAGGUGACGGGUAAGAUAGUGGGCGGCUUGCACGUGUCAGCGCGGCGCGAGCAGUACGAGCAGCUGCUGGAGACGCUGCGCUGGAUCAGCAGCACGGCGGACGCGGCCGACGCUGCUGCCGCGCCGCCUGCCGCCGACCAGGCAACGCUGGUGGAGCCGGCGGUACCGACGCUGCGGCUGGACCCGCAGCUGCGUGCCGCCGUGCUGGCCGUGCCGCCGCCGCAGCCGCAGCGGGACACGCACGCGCACGCGCGAUCCUUCACGCCGCUUACUGUGGUGUUUGAACUGCCGAUGUUCACGCUGGAGCUGCGCGCGGACCUGGGUCACGGCGAACGUAGCCUAGUGCAGCUGGCCUUCCGCGAGUUCACGCUGCGACAUCAGCGCACGCAUGCGCACGAAACUAUGCUGCAGGUGUCGCUGCACUCGGUGACGAUGGAAGACCUAACCAAGGACCCGGAGUCGAAGCACCGGUUGCUGAUGAUGUCGCACACGCCUCAGGUGCCGCCCAAGGCCGUGUAUGUGUCCAAGUCGUGCCCCGACUUCGUGACGGAGUUCCCCUCCGCCGCUACUGCCGACGACAUGGCCAGCAUCAGCUCGCUGCAAUACACCAAGCAUAACUCCUGCUCUCUGCCCAGCCAGCUCAACGUCGCUGAUAGACAGCAGCAGUUGAGGCGUAACAAGCGCGACAGCAAGUGCGGGCUCACCCCGCCGUGCUCGCCGGAGCCGAGCAGCGCGACCCCGCACGCGGCCGACGGCGACCUUGCUGCCGACGACAACCUGGUCUGGGUCAACGUGCACACCCGGGACCCCGACCAUCCGCUCUUCGAGGAGAAGUAUAAUAAGGUGUCAAAGCUGACGAAAGUGGACUUCAACUGCCUGAAUCUGGUGGUGAACAUCGAUAGCUGGGUGGCCGUGCUCGACUUCUUCGGCGUGGCCGGCGACGACUUGCCCGACGGUGCCCAGGGGGACGGCCCGCAGCCGCAACAAACUGCAACGCAAGUGCCUGCCGUGGAGAGCGGCACGACAGAGAUGGAAACGACGAUCCGUUCGCUGGCGGUGGUGGUGGUGACGGCGCGCGGCGAGGCGUGCCGCGCGCUGGUGUCGCGCGUGUGGCUGCGCUCGCGGCUGCACGCGGCGGGCGCGGGCGCGGGCGCGGGCGCGGGCCCCGCGCGCACGCUGCACGCGCGCCUGGGCGCGCUGGCGCUGACCGACCUCACGCCGCAUGCGCCGCUGUGGCGCGACCGCCUGCGCACCACCACCGACCACGCGCUGCAGUUCACGUACCGCCGCCUGGCCCCCGCCGACGCCGCCGUCGCCGGGCACGACACCAGCUUGCACAUCGACAUGGGGCCCGUCACCUACGUGCACACGAAACGCUUCGUGCAGGAGCUGCAGGCUUUCGCCAGGGACUUCAGUCUGCUGCGACGGGUUAUUCUACAAGCUAGGCUAAAGGUAUCGUCGGUAGGCGGCGCCGCGGCGGGCGGCGGGCGCGCGGCCCGCACGUCGCUGCGCGUGCGCUGCCGCGCGCCCGUGAUCGUGCUGCCCGUGUCGGGCCGCGCCCGCGCCGCGCUGCUGGCCGAGCUCACGCACCUGCACGUCGACAACUGCUUCAAGCAGGCCGGCGAUCCGGGCACCGCCAGCACCAUGACCGAUCCUAAUGCGAGUGUCCGAGAAACGCUGGACGUGCGCGUGGUACAGCUGGCAGGGCUGUCGCUGUGGUGCGCGCGCGGCGGGCGCGGCGGGCGCGGGCUGCGCGUGCGCCGCGCCGGCCCGCCGCUGCUGCCCGCGCCGCAGGGGCUGGCGCUCACCGUGGAGCACAACAUGAGCGCCACACACAACGUCCCGGACAUGACGAUCCAAGGCACGCUGACGACGCUGCAGUGUGCGCUGGACCCGUCGCAGUACCGGCUGGUGCGCGGCGUGCUGGCGCACAACCUGGGCGAGUGUGUGGACGACCUGCUGCCGCCGCCCGCCGCGCACCAGCCGCUACCACACCACCGACAGGUGUGGACGACGUCAUCGCUGAAGCUGGACCUGCAGGACGUGACGAUGAAGCUGGAGCCGGUGCACGGCGUGUCCUCGCUGGCCUGCAUCAACUUCAUCAAGUCGCGGUUGCUCGUCGAGACCUACUCCGACCUCAGCCAGGACAUCGACCUCGUUUCGCAGGAAAUCCUGGUAUCCGACACGCGAUACUCGGGCGAGCCGGCCAACCGGCGCGGCAACGUGUUCAGCCACAUCGUGCAGCCCAUGCCCGAUCACCCGCACAGCGUGCAGGCAGAGUUGCAUGCACGUAAGCGUCGCGAGUCGUCAGCGUACACGAUUCUGGUGAACAACAUGCGUCUGAUGGCCGUCCUGGACUGGUGGGAGGCGGCGCACCAGUUCCUCAUGCAGCCACCGCCACCGCCCGCCGACGCCGAUCAGCCGCCGCUAGAGGAGCCAUUCGGCGCGUGCCGGCCGACGGCGGUGGCGGACGACCCCGGCCAGAUGGAGCUGAAGCUGAACGUGACGGACUCGCAGCUGGUGCUCGUUGAGGACGCGUCCGUGUGGGACACCAACGCCGUCAUACUCAAGAGCACAACAGUGAUAACGUACCGUGCAGCGGAUUCGCUGAAACCGGUAUCGUGCUCGCUGAACGAGCUGGAGGUGUUCUCGUGCGUGCUGGGGCUGGAGGAAGAGACGGCGCUAUCCAUCGUGGACCCUGCCGCGCUGCACGUGGCGCUGCACGCGGACCACGUGCUGCACGUGGACAUGGGCACGCUGAACCUGCGGCUGUCGUACCAUGACAUGCGCAUGUUUGCCGCCAUGCUGCAGUCGCUGCCUGUGCAGGCGCGCGUCGCCUUGUCUGGCGGGCCAGCGUCGGAGGCGGCGGCGGGCGCGCCCGCCAACAGCUCGCACAUGCGGCCGCGCCUGUACCCGCCGCACGCGCCGCACGCGCCGCGCUGGGCGCGCGCGCCGCUGUUGCCGCCGCAGCCCAAGCCCAAGCCCAACCCUAUCUUCCCGCUCCGAGCUGUGCAGGUGAAUGCGGAGUGUAUAACGCUGUGCGUGAUCGACGACUGCCUGGACUCGGACGUGCCACUGCUGGAGGUGUCUCUGAGUGAACUGCAGGUUGAACAGGAUCUGCGCAAAGUCGAAGAAGCAUUUGAGGACCCGCUCCUCGUGUCAACCCCGUGCGGCGCGGCGGGCGCGGUGGGCGCAGUGAGCACAGCGACGAAGCGCGCAGGCGCAGGCGGCGGGCGGCUGGCCGGCGCGCUGAGUGCCGAUUACUACAACCGCACGCUGUCCGGCUGGGAGCCCGUCGUCGAGCCCUGGAAGUUCGAGACGAGCUGGGAGUACACACUGACCAGCGGGCUGUCGCUGGGCCGCAUGCAGGUGGAGGUAACGUCACAGGAGGUGCUUAACACCAACGUGACGUCAUCGCUCAUCGAGCUUUGCCAGCUCGUGCGCGCCAACUGGACCGCCGACUACUACGCGCCACAGGCGUCAAACUCGCAGGAGCAGUCCCCGAAGGGAAGCCCCGCUGGUCACCGUAGACGGUCACCGUUCGUGCCGUACGCGCUGCGGAACCACACCGGACAUCGACUUUGGUUCACCACACUGCUCACAACAUCUGAUGUAUUGCAUGAGGGCAGCGCGGGCGCGUGGUGCGGGCCGGACGACUCGUGGGUGGCGGUGCGCGCGGGCGACACGGAGCCCUUCUCGUUUGGGUCGCGGCGGGCGCGCGCGCGCCACGCGCCCGCCGACGCGCACCCGUCGGCGCACGCGCCCGCGCCGCUGCACCGCCUGGCGCUGCGGCUGGACGGCUGGGCGCCGCCCGACCCCGUCUGCGUGGACCGCGUCGGCGUCUACUUCCGGCACCUCACGCAUACCAAGACGGGUGCGGAGGCGCGCAUAGUGUUCGAGGUAUCGCUGGAGGGCUCGGCGCGCAAGCUGGUGACGGUGCGCUCGGCGCUGCAGCUAAUCAACAAGCUGCCGCACCCCGUCGAGGUGCGCGUCGACCACGCGCCCAACACAGCGCAAUGGUCGAGCAGCGGGUCCCGCGCGGCGGCGGUGGGCGCCGGCGGGGCGUGGGCGGCGCCGCUGGGCGCGAGUUCGGGCGCGCUGUGGGUGCGGCCGCUGCUGCGGCACGCACUGCCCGCCGCGCCCGCCGCGCUCGACUGGAGGCUGGCGCCUGCGCUGCUGCAUGCCGAGUGCCGCGCGCCGCCCGACACCUCCUACAGAUUCUGUUGCGUGGUGAUCCGCGAGCAGUUCCCCCCGGAGCGGUCGAGCGUGCCGAUCGCGGGGCACACGCUGACGCUGGUGCCGGCGCUGCGGCUGGAGAACCUGCUGCCGCUCGAGCUCACGUACCGCGCCGCCGCGCCCGACGACGCCGCCGCGCCCAGGGCGCUCGGCGCGCUGCCGCCCGGGGACACGCAGCCCUUCCAUGAGGUGAACGUGGAAGAGGGCGUCGAGCUGUCAGUGAAGCUGGAAGGGUUCGGGUGGUCGUCGCCGCUGAGCGUGGGCGGCGCGGGCGCGGCCAACUCGUUCAGCGCACGGCUCAAGCUGCGGGACACACGGGGGAGGCGGCUCUACCUCAACGCGCGCGUCACCAUCAAGAAGACUGACGGCAUCAAGGUGUCGAUAUCGGCGGCGUACUGGCUGGUGAACCGCACGGGGCUGCCGCUGGUGUUCCGCGCGGAGGGCGGCGCCGGCGAGGCGGCGGGGCAGUUCGACGAGCACGAGGUGGCGCGCAUGGUGGCGCCGCUGCUCUUCUCCUUCGCGGAGGCCGACGGCGGGCCCACUGUGGCCGCACGACUGGGCCGCGGCGUCGCCGCUAACCCUGAGUGGUGCUCCCCGUUCGGGCUGGGCCCGGGCGUGGCGGUGAAGCGGCUGGAGGCGCGCGGCCUGGAGCGCGUGUACCUGGCGGGCGUGUGCGCGCGCGCCGGCCGCGGCCGCUACCGCCACACCAACAUCGUGACGCUGGCGCCGCGCUACCAGCUGCACAACAACACCACGCACCAUCUGCAGUUCGCGCAGAAGUGCACCGCCACCACCCUCAACGACCCGGGCGCGAUGGCGACGCACGUGUCGGCGGUGUCGGGCUGCUACCUGCCGUGGCACUGGGCGCGCCACGAGCGCGAGCAGCUGCUGUGCGUGCGGCUGCUGGGGCCGGCGCCCGCGCACGCUCAGCCCGCCCCGCCCGCGCAUGCGCAGCCCACCCCGCCCGCGCCGCGCACCGCCUGGUCCGGCGGCUUCCGUAUCGACUCGCCGCGCACGCUGCACAUCGCGUGCAGGGAGGUGGGCGGGUCGACGUACCAGUUCGUGCGCGUGGAGGUGGUGCUGCAGGGCUGCACGCUGUUCGUGGUGCUGAGCGACGGGGACUGCGCGCCCGCGCCGUUGCGCAUCGACAACUACUCCGCCGUCGCCAUCAUGUUCCACCAGGUGGGGUGCGCGGAGGAGUGCGUGGUGGGCGCGCACGCGGCGUCGCGCUGGGCGCUGCCGGAGCCCGAGGGGGCGCCGGCGCUGGCGCUGCGGGCGCCCGGCGGCCCGCGGACCACGCUGCCGCUCGACAAGCUGCCGGCGCACCACCACCUGCUCUACCAGAACUUCAUCUACAUCGUCUUCACGCACACCACCACCAGGGACUUCGUAACGUCAGCGACAGCCAAAUCAGCAUCCAACUCUGCCACGGAAGACGACGGUGCCCUCGUACUGGAAGUGCCACUCAACUCGACGCGGGUUGUACUCGGACGGAAACGAUACGGCGACAGAUCUCAGUUAUGGAGACGAGGCCCCAACGACCAGCUGAUCCACGAAGGCAGCUCGCCCCCGCAGCCGACUGACGCGCUACUGUCUGACGACACGGCGCUCUCGCCGCAUUCUAUGGUGCUGGACAUCGAGGACGCGGCCCCGCGGCCGGGGCGCGCGGCGGCGCUGCAGCUGCGGCGCGCGGACGGGCGGCGCGCCAGCACGCAGGCGUGGCGCCUGCUGCCGCCCGGCCGCAUGGCCUGCGCGCACGCCAACCUCUGCGUGCAGCCCGACGGCGGGCUCAUGGCGCUCACGCCCGGUAGCCGCGUGGUGCUGGGCCUGCCGGAGUCGCGCGGCGGCGGGGCGGGGCGCGCGGUGCCGGCCGAGCAGGCCGUGUCGUGGCAGACGCUGCGGCCCGGCUCCGGCCGCCUCGACGUCGCGCUCACCGCCGACGGACCCACGCGCGUCGUGCGCAUACACGACCACAAGGAACCCGAGUCGGGCUGGAUCGAGGGCGAAGAAGAGGAAGAGAAGGAUGGCUCGAACUGGGGUGGGUGGGGCGAGUGGGGGGUGCGUGUGAGCUUAGCGGGCGUGGGAGUGUCCCUGGUGGCGCGAGCGCCGGCCGCCGAGCUGGUGCACGCGCGCCUGGCGGGGCUCAGCCUCGAGCUGCAGGCCGCGCCCGCCUCCGCGCGCCUCGCUCUUAUAGUGCACCACAUGCAGUGGGACAACCAGCUGCUAGGAACAGCGAGCCCGGUGCUGCUGUACUGUCUGCCGGAGCGAGGCGGCGCGGCGCUGCCGGCGCUGCACGCGGCAGCCGAGCUCAUGCGCACGCGCAACAACCGCUACAACGCGCAUCUCUUCCGGCACCUCAUCAUCGCGCUGCGACCGCUCGCCAUCCGCCUCGAGGAGAGACUGAUCCUGAAGCUGUGGUCGUGGGCGGCGCCGCCGGCGGAGGACCCGGCGCGCGAGGCACCCGACGAGGCGGAGUACGAGGCGCGCCGCGUGCUCGACGAGCUCACCGCACUACACGCGACUAGACUAUACUUCGCGCUCAUCAAGAUCAUACCCAGCCAGAUCCGGCUGUCGAUGUGCACAGCCAACAAGCUGGAGCCGGGGCUGGCGUCGCUCAAGCGCCGACUUGGGCUGACGCUCAUCCGCUUCGAAGACGCGUGCGUGGAGCUCGAGCCCUUCGUGCGCGCGCACCCCUUCGAGACGCCCGCCUGCCUCGCCCGCCAGUUGCUCAAACACUUCAAGGACGAGCUCAAGUGGCAGGCGGCGAAGAUCCUGGGCUCAGUGGACUUCUUAGGCAACCCGCUGGGUUUCGUGGCGGAUGUGUCGGAGGGUGUGUCCGGCUUCUUCCUCGAGGGUAACGUCUCCGCGCUGCUCAAGAACGUCACACACGGCAUCUCCAACUCCGCCGCCAAGGUCACAGAGUCCCUGGGCGACGGUCUGGAGCGCGUGGUGGGCGACGAGGCGCACGAGGAGACGCGGCGGCGCAUACGCAGCGCGGCCGCCGGCGCGCAUCUAGCCGCCGGGAUACGGGGGUUCGGGCUCGGGAUACUCGGCGGCAUGACGUCGCUGGUGAAGCACAGCUACGAGGGCGCGACGCAGGAGGGGCUGCCGGGCUUCCUGGCCGGCGUGGGCAAGGGGCUGGUGGGCACCGUCACCAAGCCCGUCAUAGGGGUGCUCGACCUCGCCGCCGAGACCGCCUCCGCGCUCCGGGACACCAGCCGCAGGUCGGACAAGUGGGUGCCGGCGCGGGUGCGCGCGCCGCGCUGCGGGGCGGGCGCGGGCGGGCUGCUGCCGCGCUACUGCGCCGCGCAGGCGGCCGGCGCCGCGCUGCUGCACGCGCUCAACGGCGCCGACUACGCCGAGCUGUUCCUCGCCUACCGCACCGUGCGCGGCACGCCGCACGACAUCCGCGCGCUGCUCUCCACCACCUACCUGCGCAUCUUCACCUGCAAGCACCACCAGCCGCAGAUCGUCAUGGAGACGCACCUCAGCAACCUGGUGUCGUGCGUGGCGGUGUCGUCGGAGGGCGCGCACUACGUGGAGCUGGGCGUGCGCGGGGGCGGCGGGGGCGGGGGCGCGGGCGGCGCGGAGGCGGUGCGGCGGCCGCGCGUGCAGUGCGACAGCGCCGAGCUGGCGGGCUGGGUGGCCAAGCACGCGGCCUACGCGCGCCAGCUCUACCACGAGCAGGUGCACACGCUGCUGCCGCACACCGACCUCUAACACCGACUACACCACGACCUAUGUGACUUACCGUUAACGUAUCUUCUUCGUUCGCAUAACGUGCGGAACGAGAGUGUCUUCGACGAGCAGUAAAAGGAGGGGAGGGGAGUUGUCACACGCAGGCGUUUCUUUCUGCCGUAGUAUUUAGUCCUUUUACACAUUUGUAUCCUAUUAACUCUUUGUAUCCUAGCGACUGAUCUUGUAACUUAAGCUAUAGUGCUUACCGGUUUCUAGAUAGUUAAUAAUAGAAAUAACAAAGAGAAAGGUGUCUACAAAUACAUACUGCCAUGGCUUUUUUUGUGACCUUUUUUGUUGAUCCAAAUUAACUAUUUUAACCGGUGAGGCGCUUCCGUGUCGAGUCAACAUAGUAAUGAACUGAAUAAUUUAUAAAACACCUGUUGUUGUACGUGUAAUAUAUCAAAUGAAACGUACUGACUUUGAAAAGACGAAAACGCAUAUCAAUGCAAUAAUUUAUGUUGUUCAGCUGUGUUCAACCGAGUCGUAAUAUUAAUAAAGUGUACCUACGUAGUUAGUAAUGUUCAUGGUAUUUGUAUACUGCCUACAGCUGGACGCGCGCGUCCGGGGACCUUUGUAAAUAUCCUCCCUUGUAUUUACUAUCUCAUAUUAGACGACGUGUGCUCGAAAAUAAGGUACAACUCGAUAUAAACUUAGUUUUGUUGUUAGUUUGAGUAAUCUGUCGUGUGCCCGCGUGGAUGAACGUAACUAGUUUAUAUGUCAAUAUUAUAAGAGUAAUAUUAAUUUCCAUUAGUGAUAUUAUUAAAGGAGGAUGAUGAAUUUUAAGUUUUACUGUGCAGAAUUGUACGUGGACUGGCUUGUGAGAUGCUAUCGAGUUUUCGAACACACUCGUACCUGUAUGUUAAAAAAUGUUUGGUUUAAUAAAAGACUAAUGUAUAUAAUAUUUCAGUUUACGUGUAUCCUGGUCUGUAAUUUAUUGUAGUUGCACCCCGCCUUAAAGGUUCGUGUCUAUUGUUUAUUUGGUAGUACCCUAUGUACGGUGAUAUGUGAUCUAGACUAGAAACAUGUUGUUAUACUAAUGACGGAGAGAAUGAUUAUUUUGACUGCGAUCGAGAUGGGAUUAUAUUUUGUGUACGCGAGAGUUGUCUUGUAGUUAGGAGACGAAUAAUAUCUCAGGCUGUGAUUGGUCGCAAUGACAAUGAGAAAAUGACGAGUUGUGUGUGUCAGCAGCAGCCGGCGUGUACGUGCCGCGUGAGCUGUGACCACGCAGCGUUGUACAGUUACAUGUCACCCCUGUGGAGGAUCCUUUACUUCCGUAUCCCGAAGCCUUACUCUGUUAUUACAUAUGAAAUAAAGUGUAACCAAUAACUUCAAUUAUGUCGCAUCUAAAGAAUGUGCAUAUUUAAUUUUAUAAUUAUGGUGAAACCUAUUAUUUGCGCAAAUUUUAUGAUGGGCAAUGUUAGUUAAGUAUGACUUUCAAUACAAUUGUUUUAAAUAUAAUAGUUGCAUUCAGUAACAGAGUUGUAGGAACUCUGUAUAUAGUACCCAUUGCCAAAGCUUGGUUUACAUUAAUUAAGGCGAAGUGUUGAAUUUUGUAGUUACUAUUUAUUUAUUUCAUCCGUGCUGUUGGUAGUUAUAACGAUUAUUUAUUUUAAUUUGUUAACCUGGAAAGGGCAAUAAACUGACUUUUAUUAUAU